AUGAAAGUCCUGCUCGUGUGUCUGAUGUUCGUAGCGGCAGCCGUCCAGGCAGUGCCAGCCCGCGGCCUGCCGCGACUGCCGGAGAGGCGCUCUGACGUAAGGGCGCUGAAGCCAAAGGGCGCGCUGCUCCAGCCAAGACAGCACAGCGAGAAAGGUGAGGCCGACUCGGCGGGGAAGCAGCCGCGCAUCAUCUACGGCAAGCAGGCGGAGGAGGGCCAGUUCCCGUGGAUGGCGGCCGUGCGGCUCGACUACGUCUCCUUCUGCGGCGGCUCGCUCAUCACCCAGCAGUGCGUCCUCACAGCGGGCCACUGCGCCGACGGGGUGACGCAAUUCGCGAUCAACCUGGGCACUAUCUCAUCGGACUUAUAUGCUGAGGACGCGCUCUCGCUAGUAUCUACAGAUGCCGUCGUACAUCCCGACUAUUCGUCCGAUGGCAGCACCACCACUUCUGACGUCGCCGUUGUGCGUCUUUCUGAAACGGUUACGCUUACAGACAAAAUCCGGCCUGUGCGAUUGCCAUCUGCAUCACAAGCUAGCGAGACAUUCGCUGGAUGGGCUGCUGUGAUCAAUGGUUGGGGAUAUCGCUUUGACGGUAUUCAAAUGAUAAGUCCCUACCUGCAGUACGCUGAGAUGACAAUCAUCGAGAACUCCGAGUGUGAAGAGACAUUCCCAGGAGCGAUAAGUAAUCAUCACAUUUGUUCCAAGGCAUCCAACGAUGCAAGUCCUUGUCCAGGCGACAGCGGCAGCCCCAUGUUGGUACAGGAGGAGGAUGGCGAGUGGACCGAGGUGGGUGUGACGAGCUUCGUCUCUGACGAGGGUUGCGUAUUCGGAUACCCGGCGGGCUAUGCUCGCGUCACCACGUUUCUCGACUGGAUCAACGAGAACUCCAUUCCCGAAGGCCGCUGAGAACGAAAUACUACCUGUAUCUAACAGUUUUUCUCUUUUAUAUUUGUUACACUAAUGUCAAAUGACAAAAUGU